UCAUUACUACCUUUCUCAAAAACAUCAGUCAUUCUUUGUGCUUUGUUUACCUGUCCACCAUUUUCUAUUUCUGUUAUGUACGUUUGGUGACCUGUGAGUUGUGGUUGUGAGUAGACAUUUCGAGUGAUGGAUGAUCCAGGAAGAAUGAUGGGUCACACGGGGGGCGGUUUAAUGCCUCCACAACCUUACGGUAUGACCCCACAAAACGAAGCUUCUGCUGGAAAUGAAAAUGAACCCCGUAAACAGGACAUCAGCGAGAUUUUACAACAAAUCAUGAACAUUACUGAUCAAAGUUUAGAUGAAGCCCAAGCGAGGAAACACACUCUGAACUGCCAUCGGAUGAAACCUGCAUUAUUUUCGGUGUUGUGUGAAAUUAAAGAAAAAACAGUAUUGUCAUUAAGGAAUACGCAAGAGGAGGAGCCACCAGAUCCACAAUUGAUGCGUCUCGAUAACAUGUUGAUUGCAGAAGGAGUUGCUGGACCCGAGAAAGGAGGAGGUGCCGGAGCUGCAGCGUCUGGAUCAGCGGCGGCACAAGCAGGACAACCAGAUAAUGCAAUUGAACAUUCUGAUUAUCGAGCCAAACUGGCACAGAUUAGACAAAUUUACCACCAAGAAUUGGAGAAAUAUGAACAAGCAUGUAAUGAAUUUACUACACAUGUUAUGAAUCUACUUAGAGAACAGAGUCGUACUAGGCCGAUUACACCUAAAGAAAUUGAACGAAUGGUACAGAUCAUCCACAAAAAAUUCAGUUCUAUUCAAAUGCAGCUUAAACAAUCUACAUGUGAGGCUGUUAUGAUCCUUAGGUCGAGGUUUUUGGAUGCCAGAAGAAAGAGGCGUAAUUUUAGUAAACAAGCAUCAGAAAUAUUGAACGAAUAUUUUUAUUCACAUUUAUCUAAUCCUUAUCCCAGUGAAGAAGCUAAAGAAGAACUUGCCAGGAAAUGUGGUAUUACAGUCAGCCAGGUGUCAAAUUGGUUUGGUAACAAACGAAUUCGUUAUAAGAAAAACAUUGGCAAAGCGCAAGAAGAGGCGAAUUUGUACGCUGCUAAAAAAGCCGCGGGGGCAUCGCCGUAUAGCGGUACUCCCACUCCUAUGAUGUCACCAGCACCGCCACAAGAUUCGAUGGGCUAUUCCAUGGGUUCCGCGUACGAUCAGAGCUCCGCCUACGACGCCAGCAGUUGCGGUUACGAUCCCAUGCAUGCUCAAGAAUUAUCCCCAUAAAUUAUACGAUUACGUACAUACAGUUAAGGGCGUUUUCCGGAUUUAUCAUUUACAGAAAAAAAAUGUAUUCAGUACUGUAGUAUAUUAUUCAUUAGUAUCGGGGACAAAAGGGAGUAGUGUAGAGAAGAGUUGUUAAUGUUAUUAUUAUUUUUAGUAAUAUUACUGUUAUUUCGCUUGUAUGUUUCAAGUUUGGUCCCAAAAUGUGCACCGAUUUAAAAAUUAUCACUUGUAUAAAGAAUCAUAUUAUAUUUGCAAGAAGAUAUGGUUUAAUCACACUGUAUAUAUAGAGCAUUCAAAAGAUAAACCGAUUAACUCUAUGAAAUAAAUUUAGAAUAAGCUUUUAAAGUUAAAGUACAGUAAACUCCCGAUUAUCCGCAACAAAUUGCUCCAAAUAUGCAUUUGAACAAGUUAUAAAUAUAAUAUUUAAAUUAAAAAGACGUUUUACUUGAAAAAUAAUAAAAAAGAUUCACUGCUCAAAAAUUUGUAGAUUCAAUUCUUCAGAUAUUCAAUCAAAUUAAAUUUUUUAGCACUAUUUUAUGACAACGAGUUGUCAUUCUCUAGAUACUGAAUAAAGCCUUCAAUAUGAGCGAAAGCUACAUCGUAGCUCAUUCCCUUUUAUGCCUUAUCAUUACAAUUUGUUCAUCGGAUAGAUGUUCAAAACGUGAUCAUAAGUGUUACACUCAUUGAUAUUAUCUUCAUCGACAUUUCCUCCACUAGCAACUGAUUUCGCUAAAUCAUGAAUAGAAACUAUUUUUUCAGAUUCUAUUAAAGAUUUUUCCACACUUGGUAAAAUCUUCCAUAAAGACUGAAUUGUCUUCCAGGCACUGUUUCUUCUUAAUUGAAGAGAUUAAGCCCUGGUCCAUAAGUUGGAUAACAUUUUGCAAUAAUAUUUCAAUCUUCCAGGUGAUAUAAGGCGAUGUCAAUUAAUAAAACAACUUUUCCACAUUCAAACCUAACAUUUCUUUUAUAAUUUGUUCAUGAGUUAGAUUUUCGCAGCCUGGUCAUAAAUGUUACUAUCAUUAAUAUUGUCUUCAUCGACAUUUCCUCCACCAGCAACUGAUUUUGCUAAACUUUCGUUUCAGAUUCUACUAAAGAUUUUUCCACAUUUGGCAAAAUCUUCCGUCAAGACUUCAAUAAUGUUGAUUUCUGAACUGACUUCUGGGCCCUGAUCCACUCUCUUUAAUCUUUUUGUCAAUAAUUUCGUUCUCUAUUUCUUCUUAAUUGAAGAGAUUACGCCCUGGUCCAUAGGUUGGAUAAGAGCUGCGACAUUGGGAGGCAAACAUUUUGCAAAAAUAUUUCCAUCUUCCAGGUGGGAUAAAGCGUUUUCAACUUUCUGGGGUAAAUUUUGAGACUCUAAAUGCACCCUAACUUUGGGAAAUGAAAAUUUCUUCAAAUCAUUUCUUAAAUAUUGUUUGGUUCGUCCAAUCUCAAUUUUGCAAAAAUAUUUUUUCUCUUCCAGUUGGGAUAAGGCGUUGUCAGCUUUCUGGAAAUUUUGAGACUUAAAUGCUCCCUAACGUUGGGAAAUGAACAUAUUCAAACCAUUUCUUAAAUAUUCCUUGGUUUGUCCACCCUUUAGUUUAGUAGAAGUAAUAUACUAGGAGGUUCUCAGCUCAUGUUUCCUUACAAAAUCUCGGUUUCUUAGGAGUUACCGUAUUCUAGUAAUAAAUAGGUUAGCUAUGGAGUUAGUCAUCUUGGUCACUGAAAUAUAUUACUUUAUAACUCAAUAUGAAAAAUGGAGUUAAUCGGAUUAUCUUUUGGUGAGCAGAAUGGUAAACAUCACAAGAGCAGUUUAGUAAGCUCCAGGAUAGAAUGUUAGGAAAAAAAGUGAUGUUGACAACUCCAAGUUGAAUAGAUUUUAGAAACCGUAAGCUCUUUUAUAUUUGUAAGUAGGAAAUUAAUUUGGUUUAUAUACUAUUGAAGAUAUAUAGUUGUGUUUGUUUCAAUCCAGUAUCACAUAAUUAAUUUUUAUUUCAACCCUCACUUGACAAACUUCAAAAAAAUUAAAUAAGAGGGCGCGGCAAGCACUAUUCUUAGCGGUAUCAUUUGAAUACGUAAGACUAAAAAUGUGACAAACGUGUGAGUUGAGGCUUAAUUUGAUAGUUGUAUCAAAACUGAAUCUGAGUUGCUUAGAAUAAAUAUUAUUCGACUUUGACAACUUUUCUCUAUAUAUUAGAAAGAUUAUUCGAUAUGCCGGAAAACGAUCUUGAUUGAUAUUUCGCUCUUUCAAGAUACAUAAGUAUACUAAAGCUUGUAUACCGAUUUCAAUGUAUACUACUUUUUGUAUUUCGUGCAAUGUCUGUGUAUUUAUCAACUUGUGGCAGCUACCAAUCAUUUUUUAUGUUAACGCACAUAUUUACUACAUUUUUAUGUAGUAUCUCUUGUUAUAUAUACAUUUAUUUUUUAAGUAAAAUAUACAUUAUUGUAUGUAAUGUUUGUACUAAUUUUUGUUGAUUUUUGAAUGUCGCCUAUAAACUAUUUUUCCAAAUAUUCCGAUAAAUAUCUCAAUUUUACUCAAAAAACUCUUCAAUUAUUAUACUUCAAAUUUUUUAUACUGUUAUUAACUUUUUUUUAACAAUUUCUAUCAGAAUUUGUAUACGGAGAAGAAAUUUUUAUCUUCGCCAAAAAUCAAAGUUUCCAGUCAACUGUUCAUAUUGGAAUAGUUUUGCCAUCCAAGCUUUUUCUUAUUACAGAUCUAAUUACCUUGACAUUCAAGAUAUUAACAUUAAAUAGAGGAAUUAUGCACCUAUAUUAUACCCUCAAUUAAAGCUGAUCUCAUCACAGGCCUAUCUACAACGUUCACCAUAAAGUUCCAGAAUUUCGUCCUGGCAAUUUUUCCUAGCCAGAAGCCGUUUUUUCUCUAGUGCACUUAUGAAACUGGAAGUCUUCCUAAAAAAAUUGAACAGUGCAGCAAUGUCCUGUGAGGAAGUCAGUGAAAAAAUGUAGUAGGUACUUUCUGGAGUCGUCCAGUUCUGGCAGAAGGGUAAUCCUCUAGUUAUAAUUAUAUAGAGCGAUUAUACACCUCUAUUGUGCUUCCAAUUAAAGCUAACCUCAUCACUGUACCUUGAAUCGCUCAAAUAAUCAUGUGUCAGUGCUUAUUGUCAUUUCCCGAUGGUUUUUGAUAAGAUUUCAUAACUAGAUGAUCUAGAAUUUCCUCUUUUACCCCAUAGAACCUGCAUUCCACUGUUUUUGCUAGACCUAACCUCAUAAGUGUUUCCUGAUUCAGUAAUGUCCUGUAAGGAAGUCAGUGGACAGAUGUUGUAGAUACUUUUUGGAGUAAUCCAGUCCUGGAAGAAGAGUAAUCCUCUUUCAUAUUAUUCCUUCAUCUGAAACGCUUUCUUGUAACUGCAUUUUUCUAUAUCACAAAAAAGUUCCGGGGCAAUCAAAUGCUUUUGCACUACUUUUCUGGUAUAUAGGAUACAGUUUUGCCAGUGAUGGAAAAGGGAGUUUGUUCAUAUCAACCAACUCCUAUUGAGAAUAAAAUUGAGUUAAUAUCUUGUAGAUCAUACACUUGAACAGUUGUAAGUUUGUGUUUAAUGUAGGAUGUCAUCCACACUGCUACGUCCCACAGGAUCUAUUGUGUCGACUCUUAUUUCUACGGCACUGGGGAUGUUCGUUGUUUACAACUGAUUUAUUAAUACCACUCCUUUCAGAAAAUUCAAGAUGUAUUAUGGCUGCGAAAGAUUGAGUAAAAAAUUUUUAAUCGGAUAUUUGGUAUGAUUGUAGUAGAUAUUUGGUUCGUUUCGACUUUUGAAUUCUAAAAUUGGUGCAAAUAUUAUGUAAUACCUUUUUAGGAGGUUGUAUACAAAAUCUUAGUACGAGCAUGUAUGCAUUAUGUUGCAAAAUAUUGUUUAUAAUUAUUAUUUUUUUAGUUUAGCUCCAUAAAUUAAAUCGUUGCUAUUUAUUGUUAAAGAGUAAUAGUAACUUGAAAUUAUUAGAAAUCAGUAUCGUGAUUAAAUAUAGAUUGACAAUAUAAAUUAAAUAUUAUUAACAUUGCUUGAUAAAAUUUGUAUUUAUUUUUUAAUAAAUACAGAAUGACCUAAAAGUUGAUAUUUUAACAGAUCUACUGUAUAUACCUCAUAUCGGUCAUAAGAGUCUUGCUGAUAUAAACUUGCUCUAAUGUUGUUGAAAAUUGUAUUCCCACCAGAUUUUUUUCAGUAGCUCUAAAUAUGUGCUGGACUCCACCAAUAAAUUAUCUCAAAUCCUUAUUAUUCCAUUUUACAUUAUUAAGAUGAAGGUUCUUGAUUAGUAUUACUUUUUAUUCACCAUUCUGUAGAUUCUUCUUAACCCAUGAGAUCCCGAAUAAUUUUUUUUUCGCUUUUUGUCAACUUUAACUAGUUUUUUCACCAACACGUGUUGCCAAAUGGCGGAUUUGUUACAGAAAUUUUAUUAAAAAUAAAUAAACUUGAAAAGUAGGAUUGCAUUCUAAACAAAGUAUUAUUAUAAUUAUCAUUAUAAAGCAGCAUCCUUCACCUGUACAUCUUUUAUCUGUCACACUUAUCAGAACGUGGUCUCUGAUAUCAUCGCUUAUAUGUAUGAUUUUUUUUUCAAUUUUUGAGUACCGUUUUAUCUAACCAAGUUGUAGUCUAGCCAUACAUUUAAUAAAACCCUCUUCGUUCGCUCAAGCGUAGAUUUGUGCGCUUCUCUUUUUAUAUCGUUUACUCACGAUCUUUUUAUUGGGCAACAGACAGUCCUUUGGAAUCCUAUUAUCGCGGAUACUACUUGCUCCUGUAAAAACCAUUGUUCCUAAGGUAGACUAACAGAUUGAAGUUUGUGAAAAAGUUACGAGAGAAGAAGAUGAUGUAUGGCAAGUGUUUUUCCUUUGCUAUUUCUGUUAACAUUGAACUAAACAUCAACUUUUGGUACACUCUGUAUGAACGAUAAGAGGAAAAAAUCGUGUUGUAUUAUAAAUAUCGACAAUCUGCUUCCCUUUAUUAAAACUAUGAAAAAUUGAACUAUAUUUUUGGAAAUAUUUUGCAUUACUAAGUGUCAUCUAAUAAAUGAGCGUUAAAUAGAAGAAAAUUGAGAGAAUUGAUGCUUACCAAAACGUACCAUAGUUCAAACCCAGUUCCAGGUAACAACGGAAAUAAAAAUUUGGCACGCCACCUAUCGGACGCAAAUGACAAGCCAACAAUAUAUUCUGUCUGGUUCUGUUUCUUAUUUAAAUAAAUAUUACUACACAAAACAAUGUUUUAAAAACAAGAGGGUUGAUGGUCUAUUUAACAAAUUAUUAUCAAAAUUAUUGUAGUUUUAAAAAUGUAUAGUCAACAAGAAAAACUAUAGUAUAAGGAUUUUCAGAGUUUCAAUAAACAAAUUGCCUAAUUAAUAAACUUAAUGAACAAUGGAUGUAUUUGUUAAUAAGAAAAAACGAAAACAAAAUGAAGAGGAAUCUAACAAUACUAAAAUAGACCAAAAAUAAUUUUAAUUCUAUGCCGGGGUACCCUGGUUUACUAUGGGAUAGAAAAUAAUAUAUUCAAUGUUUUUUGUAGACACAGUGUAUACGAAUUCAAAGUAACUAAUGGUUUAGUAUAGAAAAAUAGAAAAAAAGAUUUUUUUCUCUUGUUGUUUUUUAAUUUUAUCCGUUUUCGGAUAUUUAUAGCUAUUGUGUUACAGUAUUUUAGUAGUCAUCCAUAUUUGUUUAUUUUUAUGGAAUAUUACUAAUGUGGAGUUGGUAAUUGGACAGACUAGAAAAUUUUAUGUCGUGAGUUUUUAACAAUGAUUUACCUUAAGGCAAAAAUCUGUAUUUUACAUUAGAAAAUAAAGGAUCUUAAAUAAGAA